AUGGCGAUGGCGUCUUCAAAGUCCAAACUCUCCGACGAGUCCGCCCCGGGUCUCGACCUUCCGCCAGCCGGCUGUCUCGGCCGGGCGUGGCCCCGUCUUUCGUCUUUCGUCUUUGGUCUUUGCACCACCGUCGCGCAACAUUUCCACUCUCCGUCUAAAACCGCCACCCUCGUGCAGAUAGACAUCCAUGAUAAUCCCUCCGUCCAGCCUCUAUACACUAAUCCUCCCGACGAUUCGACCUUGCGCCCCAUCGCCGACACUCGUUCAACAUCGUCCCCGCUCGGAGCGACCGACCGCCGGCACCCGCACACACCAGUGAUAGCUUCACCCGGCCUUGCUGCCUGUGAAUGUUGUGUCGCCUCUACCAAACUUAAGUCAAUACUGCCAACAUCUGCACCCCAAGUCGCCCAGCCGGCCCUCGCCCGCGGCGAUAUUAUCCAAUCCUCGCCGGAUCAUGCCUCUCGUCAACCGGCGCUAUCUGUGCAAUCUGGUCACCCAAACACCACCUUCUCUACUACUCUGCUUGCUGGCGCCUCAAUUCUGCAGCAACAGUGCCUCACCCUGCCAGACGCUGUAGCCUCGGCCCAAAUUCUACAGCCUCUCGGUAAGCGAUCGUCUUGGCUCGCCCAGCUCGAACCGGCCAUGACGUCUGGGCCGCCCAAGAAGCUUCGGACAGGCUCUUCACCUUCGAGGCGAUUUGAGUUACCUUCUGCAGCCACCGCCCCUCUUACGAGAGCCUCAGCAAGAGCCUUUAGAGAACCUGUCUCCUCUCCGCUCUUUUUCUCUAACUCGCCUACCCGCCAUGCAAGUCGCCCAUCAGUCGACUCAACAUCUGAACUCGCUGCGGGCAUGCUCUCUCCCAUUGGUGAAGAUUCCUACGAGUCCGUAACGACUCUCAAGCUUCCUAGAGCUAGCGUCAGCACAGUCACUCCCGCGCCUUCUGGAAGUACGCCGGGCAGUAUGGCAUCCUCCUUAGACGUCUCGGGAUCCUCUACGAGCCCCGACAGCAUUGCUGUCCCUAGCAACUUACAAAUAAUCCGAUCCAUUGGUAUUCUAGAACUUCUAGAAAACGAUAUACGGCCUACCUUCAUGAUUGAUCUUCAACAACCAUCUAAUACGACCCAAUCUCACCUCCCUAUACAAUACUCUAAUCCUUCCCUUCGCGCCUGCUACGAUAUACAUCCUCUAGUAUACGCCGGCUUCGAGAGCAACCCGACGACUCCCGAGUUCGAGCACUUCAAGGAAUGGGCGAUGUGUUCGACGCAAAAAGCCGAACGGCCAGAACUUGGUUUUCCGUCCUGCGAGUAUGGUCGCGUCAACUGGACCAAGUCAACCGUCAGGCGACGAUUUCGCUUCAUCUCUGGCACCAUCAAUCUCCGCGAGUCACCCGACUGUUCUGAUCCUGGGGCCACCAGCGCAGAUGCUCCCGAACGCAUGGAUGACGAAGCCAUCCCAUUGAAGCUCGGGGCGCAGGAAGACAUUGCCGAAGCUGCUGGGGAACCGAUGGACUACUUCGGGGAUGCCGCUGCGGAGACAUCCGAUGACUACCAUGCUAAUAGCUUUGAGAGAGCUUUGAUCGACCAAGCCAAAAAUACACAACCUGGGCAUCCUGAUGAAUUCACCAACCAAGUACUUCAAUCCAAAGAGUCGAGACCCUUCUUCGACUGGACUAGAAUACCUAUGAGCGAUUCUCUCCCUGAGCACAUCAAGCUCGCAAAAACAACUGACUGGGCCUCUACACCGCUCGGUUCCAUCGAGGAAUGGCCGCAUGAGUUGAGAAUGCUUUCAAAUCUCGUCAUGGGCAGCCCGCACCCUGCUACUCUGUACUGGGGGCCUGAAUACAUUUGCCUGUAUAAUGCCGCGUAUAUCGAAAUUGCUGGCAAGAAGCAUCCCGGCAUUAUGGGAAUGAGAAACUUUGACGCCUGGGAGGAACUUUCCGAUAAAAUCGAGCCUAUUUUUCGCAGUGCUUGGGAAUCCGGCCAAGCAACUAUGAAGCAUGAUAACCACCUCUUCCUGCGGCGAGACGGGUAUCUCGAGGAGACAUUCUUUUCUUGGUCUAUUGUACCAGUAGUUGGAGGAGAUGGCCAGGUUGUGGGUCUUUACAGCCCUGCGUUCGAAAACACCCGUCGCAAAAUUAAUGAAAGACGAAUGCUUACGUUGCGAGAGAUUGGCGAACAGACUGCUACAGCAACCACCGUCAGCGAAUUCUGGCCCCUGGUUCAGCAAGGGCUCGCAUACAAUGAGUUGGAUGUCCCAUUCAACCUCAUUUAUUCCACAGCCAAAGAAGAUGCGGAGAGCGAAGUAUCAUCUGUGCGCUCCGGAGGUGUGGCACAACCGACCCAUUUGACGCUUGAAGCUUCAUCCGGCGCCCCAGAGGGACAUGUUGCGGCCCCAAAGACGAUAGACUUACGCACAUCUGAGGAAGGGUUUGCCCCCUAUAUGAGGAAAUCCAUUAGGAUGGGCGGUAUACCUGUCGUCUUGUCCCAAACAGAUGGCACUCUUCCCGAAGAGCUCAUAGAGGGUCUCCAGUGGCGCGGGUUUGGCGAACCCUGCAGAACAAUCGUUGUCCACCCCAUCGUCUCUACUAGCGCGGGCGAAUCCAUCACUGACUUUUUGAUCAUCGGUGUUAACCCGAGGCGGCCCUAUGACGAUGACUAUGAGCUCUUUAUACAUUUACUGGCAAGACAGCUCGCAACUUCUAUGGCUUCGGUCGUUCUCUUCGAGGAGGAGAUCAAACGGGGACAGAUGGCAGCGAAGCUCGCUGCUGAGGAUCGACAGGAGCUUUCGAUGCAACUCUUUCUUCGAACUCAAGAAGCAAAUGAAAGCGAGCAUAGAUUUACUCGAAUGGCGGCCUACGCACCGGUUGGCAUGUUUAUUGCUGACGCUACCGGUAAAAUCAACUACUGCAACGAUAUGUGGUGGCAAAUUUCACGGCGCCCCCAUCCAGAUAUUCUAGAGGACUCAUGGAUGGACCUUGUCCACCCGGAAGACCGAGCGGCCCUGGGGCAGGCCUGGUCAAAACUAGUCGAGGAAAAAGUCACGGUUUCCCAAGAAUUUCGGUUUAAGACAUUUGGGCGGGAAGAGGACCACAGGAAGGAUAAUUGGGUUUUGAUGAGCGCCUUCCCAGAACAAAAUGAGGAUGGGAUUCUCAAGUCCAUUUUUGGUUGCAUCACCGAUAUUUCGGCUCAGAAAUGGGCGGAAAGAGUCCAGAUCGAGCGCCGAGAAGAAGCUGUUGAACUCAAGCGUCAGCAGGAAAACUUCAUCGACAUUACCAGUCAUGAAAUGCGCAACCCGCUCUCUGCCAUUUUACAGUGUGCAGACCAAAUCGCCAACAACAUCACUACAUUCAACACGCGCAAUCUCGAGGACGUCGAAGAACUUCUUGAAAGCUGCCUCGACGCGGCCAAUACAAUCAAUCUAUGCGCAAGCCACCAGAAGCGGAUUGUGGAUGACGUUUUGACACUCUCCAAGUUGGACUCAAACUUGCUUAUGGUCACGCCUGUGGUAGAGCAGCCAGUGAGGGUGGUGCGGUGGACCCUCAAGAUGUUUGAAGCCGAGCUGGCAGCUCACGAUAUCGCUUUUGACUUUACAGUUGACGGCAGCUUCACAAGACACGGCAUCAGAUGGACGAAGCUGGACCCGUCGCGACUCCGGCAAGUCCUCAUCAACCUGAUGACCAACGCGAUCAAGUUUACCCAGGGACGCCCUCAUCGUCAGAUCAAGGUCCACCUCAGUGCCUCGCGGGACAUCUCCGAAGUUGCUAGCCCAACCGCCUACUUUCCUCGAAACACCAACCAAAUUGGCAGCGAAAUUGAUAUCAAUAGCGAAGACGACUGGGGCACCGGUGACAAGAUCAAUAUCCACUGUAGUGUCGAAGACACUGGCCCGGGUCUUACUGAAGAGGAGCUCCAGAUACUCUUUCAGCGGUUCUCACAGGCCACGCCUAGGACGCACGUGCAGUACGGCGGCUCUGGCCUUGGCCUGUUCAUCUCUCGAAUUUUGACCGAGAUGCAGGGUGGUCAGAUUGGUGUCACUUCUACUGCUGGUCAAGGAAGCAAGUUUAGCUUCUAUAUCCAAAGCCGGCAGUGCGCCGACGCGUCGGAACCUUUUGAGCCCCUGUCAUGCUUUACCCUCUCCCGACAAUGCCGCUUGCUGGCGGCCCCAGACGCGGCCGCCCAUGCUGACUGCGCCUCCCACAGCCCAACGGCCGCGACGGCGCGCAGGCACCCAGGCGGCACACCCCGGGGCCCCCAACACGACGUGCUCAUCGUCGAGGACAAUAUUGUCAACCAAAGGGUGCUGCAACGGCAACUUGUUAACUGCGGCAACACGACCUUUGUGGCCAACCACGGGCAGGAGGCGCUCGAGACGCUGCAGCGGUCGCGUUUCUGGGCAGGCCAGGAGCGCGACGGCGUCCCCAUUUCGGUGGUUCUCAUGGACCUCGAGAUGCCCGUCAUGGACGGCGUGACGUGCGCGCGUCGCAUCCGCGCUCUGCAGCGCGAAGGAACUAUAACUCGGCAUGUUCCCAUCAUUGCCGUCACGGCCUAUGCCCGGCCCGAGCAGAUUGUCAAUGCCAAGGCGGCCGGCAUCGACGACGUCAUCUCGAAGCCGUUUCGCAUCCCGGAGUUGCUGCCGCGCAUUGAUGAGCUCGUCAGCCAGUACGGCUCACCGUCUGCCGAGGCGUAA